AGAAAAGAUAAUGCUUAUUGAUAAAUGUUGGUCAUUAACACAAUGGGAUUUAAAUACAUUAGCAUUCGAAAAACAGUAUCAAUUAGGAUGGAUAACUCGCUUUAAGCUUCCUAAAGGCCUUUGCAUUUUGGCGAAAAGAAAUUACUUACAUUUAAAUUAUUUUGAAUUUAUUUCAUCUGUUGAAAGAGAAGCAUUACUUUUAUGUUUUUAUGAUAAAAUUGAAAUAAGAGAUCCUUAUAAUCUUCAAUACGUCAUUGAUAAUAAACCCAUUUCAAACCUGUCAGAAUUUCAAACAUUAAGGGAUGCAAAAAUAUAUUGCAUAUUAGAUAAAUGUUUAUGGGCUCAAAGGAUUUCUAAAGAACAGUGGACCAAAUGUUUUUCAAAAUUUUAUAAUGAAAUAAGAGUUCUGCCUAGCAAAUCUCAAUUAGAAGAGAUAUUGCAAAAAUUUAUAAAUGAACAUGAUCGUUGGACUAAGAUAAAGGGAACACAGCCAUAUGAAGGAUCAUUAGUGAAGUGGGAAGUAAGUGAUCAACAAGAAAUACAUGCUUAUAAAUUUGAUUUGGACACUUGGAAAUUUGUAAAUAGUGUAAAAUUAAAUGCAUCGCUUCAUUAUU